GCUGAAACCUAGUUUCGUCAGGUUCGGAUAGUAGUUUGAUUUUAAAAACUGGUUCGGAUGAGGUUUGUCUCUUUGCUUCGGGAAGCCGUUAGACUAUUGAACAUUGAAGUUCCCUUUUUGCCUUAGAAGAAUCAAAUCCCUCCUUUGAUUCAAAACUUCUUUCCUCUUUCCCCUUCCCAAUUUUUCUCCCUUCCCACUCCCUGUAAGAAGGAGAAAGUGAAAGAGAACUAAAGAGACACAGAUAUCGAGAUAAAGAGGUUCUGGUUCUCUCAUCUUUAUCUUCUUCCUCCAUGGAAGGGUUUUUCGUUCUUGAUUCUGAAGACCCUGGGGUUGCAGGGAAUAUGAGAGGAGAUAAAAUGGCCAAGAGAUCUUCUUUGGGAAAUGUCGUGAUGAAGAGGCUCUCUGACAUAACCAAUUCACAGCAUAGACCCAAGUCCCCUUGCCUGAAAGAAAAUCCCGGACCUGUUUCAUCCACGGUUAAAGAACAGAUCGAAAAGAUCUUGAAGGAAAACAUGGGGCUGUUGAAGCUUCUGGCAGAAAAGAACAAAAUCAUCGAAUUGAGUGGGAUUGAGUUGCAGAAAUUGCGGAUGACCAUGCAGAAACUUCAGCAACAGAAUUGGCACCUUGCGCAGUCCAAUAGUCAGAUGUUAGCAGAACUGAACUUGGGUAGAGACAAGCGAAAAGCAUUACAGCAUGAACUUGGAUGUAAAGAAGCCCUGCUUACAGCAAAGAACCUAGAACUGCAGGAGAAAGAGAAAAGGAUAACUUCUCAAGAUACUAGCACCAAGGAGGGAACAAUUAAGGGUGAGAAAGAAUCAAGGGAGUCCUUACAACCUAAUUUUGACAAUAGGACUUGUAAUCCAAACAGGAGGCGCCAAUCAAGGAAUCAAUCAAUUGGAUCUGCAACUUCUGCAGCCCAACAAGGACCACAGAAGGAGAAGGCUGAUAACAAAAGGCUUUGUUUAAGAAGGCAAUCUGGUAGGUUAAAAUCUGAACAGCCAGAACCUACUGAAGACUUAUUUGAGAUAGAAGAUGCUAAAUUUUCACUGUGUCCACUGCUUGAUGAUCAAAUGCUUGAAGAUGGUACUAAUUCACUGGAAUCAUCAAGUGGAAAAGCAGAGAAAGAAGGAAAGAGUGCACCGAAGUGUGAAACUCAAUUAUUCCGAAGAUCAUCUAUAGGCAGGCCUUUGCGCAAGGCUGCUGAGAAGGUGCAGUCUUACAAGGAGGUGCCCCUUAAAGUAAAAUUGCGAAGAUCUGAGUGAGUGGAAACAACCAACUCCUACCCCUGUUUUAGUAGGCAUCAUGCCCUGUGCUGUGAUUUUUUUUCCCUACACUUUUCUGUAGAAGUAAUCUGUGAUAUUAUUCACUGUAAGCUGCACUACUUUUUUCUUCAUCAUCUGCUGAUGGUGAACAAAAGGGUACCAUUAAUGAAUAUUAUUUGGUCA